UAAACACUUCAAAGAUCGGAGCUUUACCAUUCAGCACAAUCACAGCCACUAUUGCUCUUCUAUCCAAUCUUAACAUCAUCGCAAAACUACAAUGCAUAUACUAUGAAAGAGAGAGAAACAUCGAACGAGAAGAAGAAGAAGAGAUAGUGAUGUGUGUACGGUAGCUUUGGUUGCUCCAUUUCUAAACCCUAGCCACCAAAAUCAACUUUCCCAAGCUUGUUACUGUCAGAUCUCCUUAGAUUGAUUCAUUUAUACUGCAUUUUGUAAUCAGUAUCUGUUUCGUGACUUGCUUUGGCUAUAAUACUUCUUACUAGAGGUCAAUGCACUACAAUACUUCAUAAUGUCGGCUUCGUUGGCUGCAUUCGAACGGCCUAAAAUCGGUGCUUCAAAUACGGUGUUCAAGAGUGGGCCACUUUUUAUAUCUUCAAAAGGUCUUGGUUGGAAGUCUUGGAAAAAGCGUUGGUUCAUUCUCACACGAACCUCACUAGUUUUCUUCAAAAAUGAUCCUAGUGCACUUCCUCAGAGGGCUGGUGAAGUAAACCUUACUUUGGGGGGUAUUGACCUAAACAAUUCAGGAAGUGUAGUUGUAAGGGAAGAUAAAAAGCUUCUCACUGUACUCUUUCCUGAUGGACGGGAUGGACGGGCCUUUACACUUAAGGCAGAGACAUUGGAGGAACUGUACGAGUGGAAGACUGCCCUGGAAAAUGCUCUGGCACAAGCACCAAGUGCUGCUCUUGUAAUGGGACACAAUGGGAUAUUUCGUAAUGACACAAAUGAUACAAUUGAAGGACCUUUUCAUCAAUGGAGGGAUAAGCGCCCAGUUAAGUCAAUGGUGGUGGGACGGCCAAUUUUGCUUGCACUGGAAGAUAUUGACGGAGCUCCAUCAUUUCUUGAGAAAGCUCUUCGAUUUCUUGAGAAUUAUGGAAUUAAAGUAGAAGGAAUCUUGAGACAGUCUGCAGAUGUUGAGGAGGUAGAUCACAGAGUUAAAGAAUAUGAACAAGGUAAGGUUGAAUUUGUCCCUAACGAGGAUGCUCAUGUAGUUGGUGAUUGUGUCAAGCAUGUUCUUCGGGAGUUACCUUCCUCUCCUGUUCCUGCUUCGUGCUGCACUGCUUUGCUAGAGGCAUAUAGAGUUGAUCCAAAAGAUGCUCGCGUGAGUGCCUUGCGAUCUGCAAUAUUGGAGACAUUUCCGGAACCAAAUAGGCGGUUACUACAAAGGAUCCUCAAGAUGAUGUUCACUAUUUCUUUGCACGAGUCAGAGAAUAGAAUGACUGCAUCUGCUGUAGCUGCGUGCAUGGCACCCUUGCUCCUACGUCCUCUCUUGGCUGGUGAUUGUGAUCUGGAGGAUGAUUUGGAUGUCAACGGUGAUAGUUCUGCCCAGCUUCUUGCUGCUGCAAAUGCUGCUAAUAAUGCUCAGGCAAUUAUUACAACGCUAUUGGAGGAUUACGGGAAUAUCUUCGAUGAUGACAAUCUGCAUAGAUGCUCAAUUUCAGCUGAUUCUCGAAUUGAAAACAGCGGGACUGAAGAUUCAUCAGAUGAAGUUUCAGAUAUCAAAGACAAUGGUUACCACGAUGCAGAGAAUGAGGUUGAUCCAGAGAGUGAUGAUGAUCAUCGUGUACUUAGUGGGAAGCUGAGUGAAAGCAGUGGAUAUGCUGGUAGUGAUCUCUAUGAUGACAAGGCUUUUGUAACUGAUGAAUUAGAUGUUGACUUUCCCAAGGACAAACUCACGUCAAUAAUGAAAUUGAAACCAUCUACAGAUUCUCAGUCUAGAGAUUCUAAUGGUAUGUCCAGAAAAGCUAAUGGAGAUGUGAUAGCUGGCUCUAGUAACUUAUCUAUUAGUGAGGCACACCGAUCAAUGGGGGAGAUACUCUCUUCCAUGGAUCAAGGACUUCCACAGGCUCUACUGGGACCUGAAUUAAGUAAGCCGUCCAGCAAACUUUCUAGCCCCAGUCUAAACUUGAAGAAGUCCACAUUUUGGGGAAGAACCAAUGCUCGAAAAACUCCUUCAAUGGAAUCAGUGGAUUCUUCUGGAGAGGAAGAACUGGCGAUUCAAAGACUUGAGAUUACAAAAAGCGACUUGCAACAUAGGAUAGCGAAGGAGGCUAGAGGAAAUGCUAUUCUACAAGCUAGCUUGGAAAGAAGGAAGCAAGCUUUGCAUGAGCGCCGCUUGGCACUUGAGCAAGAUGUGGCACGUUUGCAAGAACAACUGCAAGCUGAAAGAGACUUACGAGCUGCUUUGGAAGUUGGGUUAAGCAUGUCUUCUGGACAAUUCUCCAGCUCACGAUGCAUGGAUUCCAAGACGAGGGCUGAGCUUGAGGAGAUUGCUCUUGCUGAAGCGGAUGUUGCCAGAUUGAAGCAGAAAGUUGCAGAACUCCAUCAUCAAUUGAGUCAGCAGCGCCAGCAUCAAUACGGCUCUUUUCCUGAUCCAUGUGAUCGAUAUCUCCCAGCCCAUAAUUCUCAACAGAAGUUUUUUCAGCAGGAUUUUGAUACAUCCCUUGCCUUUUGUAACCAUGAGAGGAAACAAAGAGUUGAGGAGAACAUACUGGGGGCAGAUCUGAGGAAUAAUAACAAAGGGCAAAUGACACCAUCUGUCAACAGCAGCAAUAGACAUCCGGGCAGGAAACAAUUCUUGGACUCGCCCAGUUUCAAUGAUUCGAAAAGCACAGAGGCAUCCACUAGUAUGUCUAUGGAUGAGCUGAGUGCUGUUGAUUCGGGAUUACCUUCCACUUCUAGGGCAGCCGAGGUGAUAGAUUAUCAUAGGCUUCCUUCUUCCACGCUAGUAGAGUUAACAACUCGUCUGGACUUCUUUAAGGAACGACGCUCUCAGCUGAUGGAACAGCUUCACAACCUCGAUCUGAACUACGGGGCAACACCAGCUUCUCAAGAUUUUGCAUACAAACCGUCUUCACCUGCUUGGGGCUGAUACCCUUUUCAAAAGUGAGUGGAUCCAAACUUCUUUUGCCCAUUUGUAUAUCCUUUGUACCAUUCCAUAUUUUAGCGAAAACCCUAGCCCCCAUUUGUUCUGUUCUGGUUUUUCCAUGUUUGUUAUUAUUAUUAUUAUCAUCAUUGUUUCUUCAUCAAUCUAUCUAUUAUUAUAAUUAUUGUAUGGUCUUGUUUCAACUAAUACUAAUACUAUUGUCUUUUGUAAAAUAUUAGUUAUCUUAUCUGUGUUCUUGUAAAAUAAUAGGGCAACUUUGUGAGAAAUUUGCAUGGAGAAAAACAUGCAUCACUUAUUUUCUUUCA